AUGUCUUCAAAAUCAUCAAAAUCAAUUAAAUCAAAUAAUCCUCUCUCUGCAUUCGCGCCUAGUAGAAAAUUACGUUCUCAUACUACUAAAAAAACAUCGUCAAGUUCUUCAAAAGAGAUCAGCUCCGUUACAUCAAAAGAUUCCGCUAGCAAUGUUCAGGACAAUGUUCGUGUUGUAAUCUGUGAUUCAAAUGAUUCGGAUAAACAACGUUUCGAGACCCCAGUGGAACACGUUGAAAUCUCAGCUACUAGAAUUCAUGGUUUGACUUCUAAUAAAUCAAAAAAUUCCACUUCAAUUCCCUCUUACGAUAUAAAUUUGGAAGAUUCGAAUCUUAUAUUAGGUAUUACUAGCGGUUCAUCAUCAAAGAAUGAUUCUUCUUCGGAAAUUGAGCACCACAAACGUAAAAGUAUGAAUACUCGAAAUGAAACUGCAAAGGUGCCUCGUCUUAGUGAGAAAGAUGCCGAUACGUUGAAUAAGGCCUUAUAUUAUUCUAAAAAAGCAUAUGAGGAAGUGCUUUUAGCAAAAGAGUCCUCGGUUCGUACGGAAAACGCGAUUAAUGAAUUUAUCAAAGCACAAUCGUCAUGUAAUGAAAGUAAUCAGAAUGCCAAUGGAGAGUCAAAAGUACAUACUAAGAAAAAGCAAUUUUGGUAUUCUCAAACCGUAACCAACGCGUGUUCAGAGUUGUUUUUCUUGGAAAAAGAUCCAAGUGACGAAACAAUGUGUGAAUUUAUUUACGAUAAUUUGAAAAAAGCGCAUCCUGAGAAUGUUUCAAAGAUCGAAAAUAAUACAGCUGGCGGGUGGAAAAAAUUCUGGAGAGAGGCAAUUCAGUCACUAGCACGUAACGAAUUUCGCACCAGACGUGCCAAUUAUGUUAGAAAUAUAAAGAGUGCAAUAUCAAACACAUUUGGUAAGGUUUUCCUUGGAGAAAUUCCUGGACAAAAGGUGUCUUUUGAUGAGAUCGCUAAUUGGAAAAAUUCAACAAAUGUUUUGUGGGCCAAGAAAAAUUUGUGGAGUCAGGUUAAGGACAGCGAUAAAGAUGAUGACACCUAUAUAAAUCGAAUUACAAGUCAAGUGUUCAAAGAAGAAAAGUUUAAUACCAACAAUUGUUUGUUUGUUAUUGCAGUUGUUGAUCUGAUCUUUGAUGUAGAUGUGCAAACAACAACGCUUUCUGGAGAAACGAUAACCAAAUGUAUGAAAAAAUUAAAUAAUGACAAGGAAGGUGGAAGCGAUGAUCAAGAAGAAGUCAAUCGUGAUGAUGAUGAUAAAGGGGAAUAUGAAGAUGAAUAA